AUGGUUAAUAAUUGUCAAGAUGUUAUGACAAUUUGUAAGAAAUAUGGAUAUCCAGACCUCAUCAUCACAAUGACAUAUUCUGGUGGUUUUUACUUUUUUUUUUAUGGGCAUGAUAGGUGUGGUAAGACAUUUAUUUGUAACGGACUGUCUUCUGUCAUUCGGUCUAGAGCAAAGAUUGUUUUAAAUGUCGCAUCCAGUGGAAUUGCGUCUUUACUCAUACCUGGUGGCAGAACGGCUCAUUCUAGGUUUUUAAUACCCAUUACAAUUACUGAUGAAUCUACUUACAACAUCAAGCAUGAUCAACAUGAAGGUGAAAUGAAGAGAUUAACUAAUUGGAUACUUGAUGUUAGAAAUAAAAAUAUUGGUUCUGUUGUUGGUGAUGAGUCAGAAGUUGAAAUUUCAGAUGAUCUGUUGAUUACAACUUCUGAUGACCCUCUUUCUCAUUUGGUAGACUUUGCCUAUCCAAAUUUGUUACAAAACAUGUCGGAUUACAGGUAUUUUUAG